GGGGGAUGCAAUGCCGCGAGCUCCAUAACACGUAAUUUAAGAAGGCCGUCGAGGGUUGCUUACGAGGACUGGAAAAAGCCACCGGCUUCUGCACAGGCAGAGAUUCGACCUCAAGGCGCAGGGUCGCGGACGGUAGGGCGACCGUUUCGAGGUUUGCAGCACGUCCAGCACCUGGUGGGGUCUCGUGGUCUCUCCUAACGAUGAUUAUCACGCUCUCGUUCACGCUCUGCUUUGCUCUCCUCUGCGAGUUCCAGUGGACCCGGCAGUGAGCCCGUGGUCAGUCGGUCGGUUUCGCAGCCUCCCGCUGCCACCCGGAUGCGAGCCUGUCCGAGUGGCCGAAUCGCAGAGGUCACUGAUGAUCGGCGCAGGUGUGGGCGCUUCCAUGCGCGGGAGCAGCCGAUACAGACCGAGCCCAAGGCGGCUUUACGACGACUAUAUGCGUGCGUGGGCGAGCAGCGAGCGCAGGGGCAAUGAGAGCGUGAGGAUCUGGUCGGAGGUGCGAAUCGUGAAUCCGGCUGUUUCCUCUCGUCGUCGUGCGUACCAAGCAGCGUGUGUGCCGGAAGGGAUUCGGUUCAGCUAAUCAAGCGCGCCCCCGGGGGCUUGGUCGCGCACGCAGGAGCAAGUCCUCCGCUGUCCAAAUGCCCUGCGCUCUUCCUCCGUCCAGGCCCGCCUCCUCUCAUCGUGUCAGUGCAUCACACGACAUGGUCAUUGGCCCGCGAUUUCGACUGCAGUGCAAGGCUGCUGCCUAGUAUGCGCAGCCUGGUUGGGUAGGAUGAUCAGGAGUUGGAAGGUGCGGCGGGCUUGAGAGAGACGUUAUUGAGUCGAUCGUCUGCAUCCAGCUCAAUUCCAUCACAUUCACGUCGUCUUUGGUUCUCCGCGUCGAAGACCAUCAGCCGGGUGUUGCAUAAAGGCGUCGGAAUAUAACAAGGUCAGCACUGCUCAUGUUGUUUGUGCAAUGGCAGUUGUUUUGUCCAAGCCGUGACGUGCACGUGCCUCACACUGCAGUCCACUCGACGGUACCUGUCAUGCGAAGGGCUAUGCAACAUGUCCGGGAUCCGAUACUCAGAGAAACCACAAUAGCCUAGCACUGUCGCCCAACUUCCCUUUGCCAGAAUCCCAAACUUUGCACCUUAUCCGAGCCCAUGUGUCCAACGCGCGCGCCUUCACUUCCACCCGAGCUGGAGCUACGGAUCUUCGAGCUCGCAGCCGACCUAGAUCCCGGCACAAUACCCGUGCUGCUGCGUGUCGCGCAAAGAGUGCACAGCUGGAUCGAACCCAAGCUGUACUCUUCUCUGAGCAUUGACCUGGUCAAGCCUGUCCUGGACACGGACCAGAAAUACCAGCUUCUGAGGCAGUAUCCGGCACGGGCCGAAUUCUUCCACCGCGCCAUCCGACAUGUGGCUAUCCAGACCCUGGAUAUGCGAUUCUUCGCACAGCGGGGGGUGCAUAGAUGGUCUGCAGAGGAGCUCGCGACCCUGCUCCACAUCUGCAGCGGAGCGACGAACGUCCUGGUCUGCGGGGGUAUGCGGGAUCCCGAUAUCCUGAGCACGAUGCAGAGCGCUGGGUUUCGCGUCGAGAAGAUGCUGCUCCUGGUGCCUCUCUCGGAACCGGGACUCGAAUUUUCCUCUCCCGUGUUCGGGGCGCUCACCCAUUUGUGCCUGUUUGACCUCGACGACUCCGCGGGCAGGUCAUUGAGUGCGCAUCUCCCCGAGCUGCGACGUCUCCCUGCACUAACCCAUCUCGCCAUCGACGCGCGAACUCCGCUCGCGACCAUCGAUGCGCUGUUACGCCAGGAUCUGCGCGUUCUGUUGCUCUGGGACCUGGAGAGCAAGCUUGAUGAUGCAGUGCCGGGUCUGGGCGACCGUCGGGUCGUGGUCUGUGCUGGCCACUUCGAGUGGAUAGCCGACUGGCACUCGGGCGCCUCCGGGGCCCCAGACUUCUGGGUGCUUCUUGACCGUUGGCAGCGCCAUGGAACGCAAGCGUCUUCGGGCAGCAGCGAGCUGUAUGAGGCAUGCCAUUUCUGGAGACCGGCGACGGUGACCUCGGACCUGUAGUUCGGACAUGUUACACCUAUGUCUAGCUGAUAUAACAUUCUGUUUAUUGUCCGACAGUAAACUUCCCUAGACGAGUCUGAAAGAGCCGUACAAGUGGGGGAUUACUCGCAAAUCACCGGCAUAGUCCCUCAACUCUUGUCAAGUCGUCUCUCCACUCCAUCAGCUCCCGGCGUUCUCCGCAGCUCCCUUCGAGGCGUACCAGUUCAUCAUGAGGUUUGCCAGAGAAGAUGGGGGGAAAUGAAGCUGAUGUCGUUAUGGGUGCGGGAGCUCAUGAGUCGUGCAUGAAGAGAGGAACGACCAGUGGCGACAAAAGACUCGUCUCCCAUGCAGGUCUAUCAUUCCCGAGUCAUCAUCAAUCAGGGUAGAUGAUCUUCGUAUCGAUAACUCGAGGCCCUCCUCGAAAACCCCAGCCUCCCGCUGCGCUUCAGCGCACUGGGCACCUUGUUCUCUAUGGACUCGACGAACCCAUCGUACAGCGCGCUGUUGUCCCCGUGGAAGUAAUCAGCCAUGAGAUGCAGACAGCACGAAACGUCCUGCAGGUGCUCCAGCGCUUCAAGGCCCACCCACGCUAGUGGGGCUGGCGUCGCGCUAUGCACCAGCGCAGCAUCCAGAACAUGGUCCCAAGCGACUUCGGGUAUCGUCGGCAUGAUCUGGAAAACCAGCACGAGCCGCUCGAGCCGCGGUGAAAGUCCACGAAGCCUGGAGAUGAUGCCGGAAAUGUUCUCUGGAAAGACUCUCGAUAUGCCCAGAUUGAAUGUGACCUCCAGGGUGCG